CAUUGAAGAUAUGAAGAAAAUGCUGUCCGUGUAUCUAUUAUUUCUUUUGACUUUUCCGAGUAUCCAUUAUGGGCAGUCUUGUGGGCAGUCAAGUACCGACUUAUACGCAUAUCUGAUGUCAAAAAAGUUUUCGAAAUCUCAUCGGACGGCUCCAAUCAUCAAAGGCGUAAAAGCCCAAGAGAAAGCAUGGCCUUGGCUGGUUGCUAUCACGCAUAAAGGUUACGACUCUGCAACGUGUACUGGUUUUCUUAUUGACAAGCGGCAUGUUGUCUCAGCUGCUCAUUGUUUUUCAACUAACAGUUCUCCUCGCAGCUAUUCAGCGAUUAUAGGGGACGGAGACCUGUUAAAAGGAAUCCGAUUCGGCUUCAAAAAAAUCGUAGUUCAUGCUGGAUAUAAAGCUGGUUUCAAUUACGACGACAUCGCUUUACUGACCUUGGACAGGAACGUCAGGUUCCCAGGAUUCGUACCAAUCUGCCUUCCAGGGAAGAAGCUUGCAAAACAUACCCUCAAAGGACUCCUUACCACAGCCGCAGGAUGGGGAGUAACUCAAAGAGAACAAGGCAGUAAAUCCAGUCGCUUCCUUAUGAAGCUGAGCAACAUUCCUGUAAUUUCCAGCAAGAAAUGUGAGAGGCAACUAGAAAAAGACACUAGUAAUUUCAGGAAGUACUUUCCUCGGGGCAUCACAAAUGGACUCUUGUGUACCGGAUUUCCUGGACCCGGACAAGACACUUGCAGAGGUGAUUCCGGAGGACCCCUUAUGUUACGCUACCGUGGCCUGUGGUAUGCAGUAGGCGUUACUUCUUUUGGAUACAACUGUGGGGGAUACGGAAUUCCUAGUGGUUACACCAGAGUUUCCAGCUAUUUAGACUGGAUACGUAAACACACUUGAAAUUAGUCUUCGCCUAGAGAAGUAAUCUGGCAGUAAUCAAUAAAUUAUGGUGUUUAUUUGGAUAUUGUCUUAAAAGUAUUGUCCUACAGGUGAAGUAGUAAACUAUG